UCGGCCAGCCAAUGCAGAUAUAGUAGAGAGGCAUCUGCCUGUACUUCCUGUGUAUGCUACAAGUUUACAGUACAUAUCAGCUCAUUUGUGUUCAGGCACGCUAGUUGCUACUUUCACCAGAUGCACAGGUAUCGGCUGGUGUGUCCAGAUGACUCAUCAGGAGCAGCAGGAGAUCCUCUUUAGGGAGAGCCUGGAGGCAGCUAUGUCCUGGAUGAAGGCCGUCCAGGAGCGGCUCCGGCUCAACGACAACACCCAGGGCCCCCGGGCCGCCCUUGAGGCCAGACUCAGAGAGACAGAGAAAAUCCACCAGUCGGAGCACGAGGGUCAUGUGAAGUUUGACAAGGUGCUUGUGGCUGCAGAGGUCUUACUGCAGGACGGUAACCAGGAGACGAGGAACAUCACCCACGCCAGACUCAAAGAACUCAAAGCAUUAUGGGAGGAGACCUGCACCUACAUCAUCCACUGCCACAGCCGUAUAGAGUGGGUGUGGCUGCACUGGAGUGAGUACCUGAAGGCGUAUGAGGAGUUUGAGAUGUGGCUGGUCAGCGUGCGUCGCAGUCUGGAGCCAGAGGUGGAGCUGCAGCUGGGGGUGAAGGAGAAAUUGUGGCAGGUGGACAACCAGCGCAUCCUGCUGAGUGACGUCCAGAACCAGGCACUGUUGCUGGAGAGGCUGGUGGACGAGGCUGCAGCGCUGAACAACCGCAUCCAGGAUCCCAGUGUGGACCAGGAAGCACAGGAGAGACUCCAGCUGGCCUAUAACAGCAUACGGGACAAAGCUGAGGAGAGGCUGUCGGUGCUGCAGAAGAUGGCUGAAGAGCACCAGAUGUACCAGAGAGACGUCCUGAAGUUCCAGGCCUGGCUGGUGUCCAAGACUAAGGAGCUCAACACCCUCACUGAGACAGAGGACACAGCCGAGAACAAACUCCGAGCCCUACAGACCCUGGAUGACAACGUGGCCAGUGAAGAGAGGACGCUGCAGCACAUCGAGGUCAUGGCGGAGGCAGUGCGGGCCAACACGUCCCCCGGGGGGGCGGAUGUGGUGGUGGAGGAAGCAGAGGAGCUGCGUCUGGACUGGCAGAGGCUGAGACAGAGCCUGUGUGAGGUUGGAGAGGGCCUGAAGAGCAGCCUGGACUCUCAGAGCCAGUACCAGAGCCGCUGCCAGCGCCUGGGGGAGGACAUCGGGCAGCUCCGGGGCCUGCUCCACAGACUGACCAGAGACCUGGAGACAGCCAGGGAGGGAGACAGGACCAGAGACCUGGAGACAGCCAGGGAGGGAGACAGGACCAGAGACCUGGAGACAGCCAGGGAGGGAGACAGGACCGGAGAUCUGGAGACAGCCAGGGAGGUAGACAGGAUUGAGGAACAGAUGGUUGGGCAGUGGAGGAAAUACAUGAACAUCCGGAAUACUUUAUUGGCAGAGGAAUCUCAGGUGGAGCACCUCAAGGCCCAGCUUAAAGAACUCUUCCGCUUUUCCCAAGAUUCGCAGCAUCUCUCUGAUGACGUCCUGGCUGUGGUGAAAGAACAGCAGAGUGUGAAGUGUCGUUCUAUGAAGCUGUGUGUGGACUCAGAGUUGGUGCUGAGACAAGUGCUGCAGGACCCUCUACAUGGAUUCUCUCAGUGGAGUCAGGUGGUCUCUCAAGUGCUGGAGUCUUCUGCUGAAGUGUCUGAGUUCUCACACGUCGCCAUGCUGGUGCAGAACAUCCAGAGGUUGCUGAAGCACAGUCUGCAGCUGCAGGAGCAGUUGCGUUUGAUGCUGUUGAAGAGAGAUCUGCUGUGUUCAGUGUUCGGCUCAGACAGAGCAGAGAGUCUAAUGACAGAGCUCAAUGACACCGUGAGGAACAGGGAGUUACUGCACAACCAGCUGCUGCAGAGGAAAGCAAGACUGCAGGGUUUGAUCUCUAGGACAAAGGACUUUGGGGACGCCUGCAAGUCAAUCAGGAACAAGCUGACCCUGCUGAGAGAGAGACUGAUCUCAGCAGACAGCCUCCAGCCAGACAUACUGGCCAAGAAGAGCCAGUCAGACCAGCAACGGGUGAUCAAGAAGGACUUGGAGGACUGUGAGGCCCACAUCACAGCUCUGGAGACUCUGGUGUCGUCUAGCUCUGCUAACAGGACACAGUUUGAGAGGCUUUACGGGGACUGGAGAAUCCUUUACAAGUCCGUCAGGGUAAAGGUGAAGAAGAGUGAGGAGAGCAUCGGGGAACACGAGAGUUUCCACGAGAGCCUACUGAACGUAGAGAAGUGGUUGAUGAUUAUGAGGCAGAAGCUGGAGUCCUACCGCAGUUCUACUGGGGAGUGGAGCCUGGACAACAGACAGCACGAGGCAGAGAGGGCACUAGGUGAGUUCCCAGAGAAGGAGCUGCAGCUGCACCAGACAGAGGUGCAGGGCCAGGGGGUGCUGGAGAGGACCUCUGAGGAGGGCCGGGUGCACAUUCUCAGGGACAUGAAGCACCUGAGGGAGUCCUGGAUGGCCCUCCAUGACCUCAGCCUCAACCUCUUCAGGCUGCUGAAUGGGCACAGCUCUGAGGACCCUGACUUAGACACCCAGAGGGUGAGAGGCCAGGCUGGGGAGAGGCCAGGCCCAGGCAGGGAACUCUUUCCUGGGGAGGGAGGAGACAUGAUCAAGGGUAGUGGCUCCAGCAGCAGUAGGGGGGGUGCUCCAGAGAGAUCCCCAGGAGAGGGCCAUGGGGUCUGGCUCUCUCAGAGCUCUGAGGUGGGGGCUGGGAGAGGGGGAAGAACAGGGUUAGGAGGAAGGUUGGAGCAAGGGGAAGGGGGGAGAGUUUUGGAGCAGAAGAGGGUAUUUGGGUCGAGGGAGCGUUUGAGGGCAGUAUGGAGGUUAUGGAUCUCUCUGAACAUGGGGAGAGACAGGGCAAUGAUCGACAGACUCUUGGUCAACAACUGAGUCCUAUGACGUUAACCUUGGCGGGCAGUCAGAGACGGGGACAGGGCGGUGGGAGUGGAAGCAGGGAGAGGGAAAGGGUGAAGGAGAGGGGUGGCGGUGAGCACAGCCUGGGUCUAGAGGAGGUGGACUCCUCCAUCGUUUGGAGAGGGGGGUACGGUCAGAGGGGAGAGGAGGGAACCACAGGGAUGACAUCAGGCCACACAGGGGGCAGAAGCACCCAU